AUGUGGCUGAAAGUGGACGGGUUCAUUGAUCUUCUCCGGGGAUGGUGGCAAGGGAUUGAGGUGAGAGGAAGGGCCAGUUUCAGAUUGGCCUAUAAGAUGAAGGUUUUGAAGCACAACAUUAAAGUUUGGAAUAGGGAGGUGUUUGGAAGGCUGGAAGUCAACAAAAAUUCUGCCCUCCAGCAGUUGGAGUAUUGGGAUGGAGUGGAGAGUGAAAGGACCUUGACUUUAGCUGAAGCUGAGCAGAAAAAACAAGCCAAGGAUGCCUUCCAUCAUUGGGUGCUUUUGGAAGAGGUUCAUUGGAGGCAGAAAUCUAGGGAGCUGUGGCUUAAGGAAGGGGAUAGGAAUACGGGUUACUUCCACCGUAUGGCAAAUGCCCACCGUAGGAAUAACUCCAUGGACAGGAUUAUGAUUAAUGGGGAGCUGUUGACCGAGGAUCAAGAGGUGAGGGACGGGAUAGUGAAUGAAUUCCAGAAAUUACUCUCAGAAGAGCAGGGGUGGAGAGCGGAUAUUGAGGGGCUGCAGUUCAAACAACUUAGUUCUAGGGAGGCUGAUGGUCUAGAGGUGCCUUUCUCUGUGGAGGAAAUCCAUUAUGCUUUGAUGGAGAUGGGGGGUGACAAAGCUCUUGGCCCGGAUGGCUUUUCAGUGGCCUUUUGGCAAGAGUGCUGUAGACUGAGGGGGAGAGGAGGGGAAGAGCUGGCUGUCUCUCAUCUGCUUUUCGCUGACGACACUCUCAUCUUUUGCGAAGCUAGAAGAGAGCAACUUGCCAAUCUUAGCUGGAUAUUGGCGUGGUUUGAGGCGGCCUCCGGCCUCAGAAUUAACCUGGCUAAGAGUGUCCUAAUUCCGGUGGGGGAAGUGGAUGAGCUGGAGGAGUUGGCGGCUGAGUUAGGAUGCAGAUUGGGGGCUUUACCCACUGUUUACUUGGGGCUGCCCUUUGGAGCUCACCAUAAAACCUCUUCUUCUUGGGAUGGGGUGGAAGAGAGAAUGAGAAGAAGAUUAGCCCAGUGGAAAAGGCAGUAUAUUUCGAAGGGGGGAAGAAUUACUCUCAUCAAGAGCACUUUGGCCAGCAUACCCAUCUAUCUUCUUUCCCUUAUUCGCAUUCCUAAGGCUGUGGCAAAAAGGAUUGAAAGAAUUCAAAGAGACUUCUUGUGGGGGGGAGGAUGCUUGGAAGGGAAAGCUCACUUGAUAAAUUGGAAGGUGGUCUGCAGCCCUAAGGAGGAGGGUGGUUUAGGCAUCCGAAAGAUAGACUUGUUGAACAAAGCCUUGUUGGGAAAAUGGGUUUGGAGAUAUGCCUAUGAGAAGGAUAACCUUUGGAAAACUGUGAUAGGGGUGAAAUAUGGUCAAGAGGGAUGUGGGUGGAAGACAAAGGAAGUGUGUGGGCCUUUUGGGGUGGGGUUGUGGAAGGACAUCAUGAAGGAGGUGGAUUGGUGCUGGGAGAACAUUGAUUUUAAGGUUGGGAAGGGGAAUAGAGUUUUGUUCUGGACGGAUAAGUGGUGUGGCAAUGAGGCGCUUGCUCAAUCUUAUCCGCAGUUGUUUACCUUGGCGGGUCACAAGAAUGCCAAAAUUUGUGAAGUGUGGGACUCUAGCAUGGGUCAAGGAGGUUGGAAUCUCAGGUUGGCUAGAGACCUCAAUGACUGGGAGAUGGAGCAGAUAGGAGAUAUGCUGAAUCUGUUGAAGGACUUCAGGACUUCUCUUGAAGAGGACUCAGUGAGAUGGAAGUGGGAAGGCAAUGGAGUUUAUGGGGCUAAGGGGGCUUACAAAAUUUUGAGCGGCUCUUCAGCCGAGGUUUUCCCGUAUAGGCGCAUUUGGAUGGAUAAGGCACUGGCUUCUACAAGCGACAAUCUGUUUAUAAACCGUGAUGCGGAUCUAUCUAUAUGCAUAUGA